UUCUAAACAAAACUAAUUCCUCUUAAUCUACACCUUUACAUUCGGCAGUAGCGACGUACAGUGAAUCUCACGUAAACAUUAACUGAAAAUGGGAAAGUUAACCAUGGUUUCGUGGGUCAUUUAACCUCUUUUUGGUCCCUCUAAGAAAGCACACAUACUCCCCGAAGUACAUCGAAAGCGCGUUGCUGCCACCAGCAGUUGUUGCUCAUAUUUUAUUUCCGAGUUGCUGGGCUGGAAGGCCGAGUGUGUGGAAAGUGCGGCUCCGGUUGGGGCGCUCGUCAGGGGGAAGAGAGAUGGCGUGUUUGCUGGAGGCCCCACUCCGCAUCAGCGUGUUGUCUGAGGUCACCGCCACCAGUCGCCAUUAUGUUGACAGACUGUUUGACCCUGAUCCUCAGAAAGUGCUGCAGGGAGUGAUUGACAUGAAAAAUGCAGUAAUUGGAAACAACAAACAGAAGGCCAACCUGAUCGUGCUGGGAGCCGUGCCCAGACUGUUGUACUUGCUGCAGCAGUCCACGUCCAGCCCGGAGCUGCGGACCGAGUGCGCUGUGGUGCUGGGCAGUCUGGCCAUGGGCACGGAGAACAACAUCAAGUCCCUGGUGGACUGCCACAUCAUCCCUGCCCUGCUGCAAGGUCUCCUGUGUCCGGAUCUGACCUUCAUCGAGGCGUGUCUGCGCUGCCUCAGGACAGUCUUCAUCAGUCCUGUCACGCCAGUGCAGCUGCUCUACACUGACCCCACUGUGAUACCCCACCUCAUGUCCCUGCUGAGUCGGUCACAGCGAACGCAGGAGUACAUCACCCAGAUCUUCUCUCACUGCUGCAAGACCCCAGAGCAUCAGACGGUCCUGUACAACCACGGCGCCAUCCAGAACAUCGCGCCCCUCCUCAUCUCGCCUUCCUACAAGGUACGGAUGCAGGCGCUAAAGUGCUUCUCAGUCCUGGCCUACGAGAACACUCAGGUCUCCAUGACACUAGUGAAUGUUCUGGUGGACGGGGAGCAGCUCUCUCAGGUUUUUGUCAGAAUGAUGCAAAGGGAUCGACCCAUUGAAAUGCAGCUCACAGCGGCCAAAUGCCUGACGUACAUGUGUCGAGCGGGAGCCAUCAGGACAGAUGACAACUGCAUCGUGCUGAAGACCCUGCCCUGCUUGGUGCGCAUGUGCAGUAAAGAGCGCCUCCUGGAGGAGCGGGUGGAGGGCGCGGAGACGCUCGCCUACCUGAUGGAGCCGGACGUGGAGCUGCAGCGAAUCGCCAGCGUCACCGACCACCUGGUGGCCAUGCUGGCAGACUACUUCAAAUACCCCAGCUCCGUCAGCGCCAUCACCGACAUCAAAAGGCUGGAUCACGACCUGAAGCACGCUCACGAGCUUAGGCAGGCCGCCUUCAAGCUGUACGCCUCGUUAGGUGCCAAUGACGAGGACAUCCGCAAAAAGAUCACAGAGACAGAGAACAUGAUGGACAGAAUCGUCAGUGGCCUGUCAGAGUCGAGUAUCAAGGUGCGGCUAGCAGCCGUCAGGUGUCUACACAGUCUCUCACGCUCAGUUCAGCAGCUGAGGACAAGUUUCCACGACCACGCCGUGUGGAAGCCCCUCAUGAAGCUGUUACAGAACGCUCCUGAUGAGGUCCUGGUUAUGGCCUCCUCCACACUAUGCAACCUGCUGCUGGAGUUCUCCCCCAGCAAAGAGCCCAUCCUGGAAUCGGGCGUGAUCGAGCUGCUCUGCAGCCUGACUCAGAGUGACAGCCCAGCGCUGAGGGUCAAUGGCAUCUGGGCUCUCAUGAACAUGGCCUUCCAGGCGGAUCAAAAGGUGAAGGUGGAGAUCGUGCGAGCGCUGGGCACAGAGCAGCUCUUCCGCCUGCUGUCCGACCCCGACCCCAACGUGCUGAUGAAGACCCUGGGGCUACUGAGGAACUUGCUCUCCACACGCCCGCACAUUGAUCAGAUCAUGAGCUCUCAUGGGAAGCAGAUCAUGCAGGCGGUCACGCUCAUUUUGGAGGGGGAGCACAGCGUCGAGGUCAAGGAGCAGACACUGUGCAUCCUGGCCAACAUCGCUGAUGGCAACACAGCGAAGGAACUUAUCAUGACCAAUGACGACAUGCUGCAGAAAAUCAAAUACUACAUGGGACACUCAAAUGUAAAGCUGCAGCUUGCCGCCACAUUCUGUGUCUCCAACCUGAUCUGGAACGAGGAGGAUGGUGAGGGGGACGCCAUGACAGGUUCCCAGGAGCGUCAGGACAAGCUGAGGGAGAUGGGCUUUGUGGACAUCUUGCAUAAGCUCACCCAGGCCUCCGACCCCAACCUCUGUGACAGGGCAAAGACAGCGAUGCAGCAGUACCUGGCAUGACAGCGGGAGGGACAGGAGGUCACUUAACUAACAAUCGCUGGGAGGUCACCUUCCAUUGUUUUUCUUUUUUUUCUCCAGUUUUAUUUCCUUUUUGUUUUGUUGCACAAGACACCUUGAGCGAUGGCUCAAACACCCCCCCCCCUCCUCCAGCUCCACUCCAGUCUACCCUGAUGCCUGGAGACUCAACUGAGGGGGGCAAGGGGGGGGGGGGCAUGACGACGGUUUGGAAUUUGUAUUUCUUUGCAAGAGAGAUUGUAGAGGAUUUAGCUUUUUUGUGGACAACAUAUGAAGAAAUGACUAAUCGGAGUGUGCAGCACCCCCAUGUGGCUGGGAGGUCUUGAUGAUGAAUUGGACUCCUUUCUAAGGAGAAAUGACACACAGAGGUCUGGACGGCAGGUGGGGCUGGGGGGUUGGGAGUACUGCCUCCUUAUUUUAUUGUU